AACAUAUACUUGUUACGGUGAUAAAUAUAUAUUAUCGUAAUAAGAAAAACGUAAUUGAUAAGCAUUGCAUUUCUCGUAUGAUUGUGCCUCCGUCAACGUUCGUGAACACCUGUUUCUACUUAAAUUUCUCGGUAUCAGAUAAUCGCGAUUGUGAACGCGAUAAUCUUCGUGAACGAGAUAAGAUUUCAUUUUCUCCAAACGCAUGUAUCGCUUUAUCACUUUACGGUAAACAUUGCGAUAUGAUAUUACUGUCGGACAAUAAUCGUUGAUAUUUAAUUUACGACAAACACAAUCGGCAUUAUUUCAGUUUGUCUAAUGUAUAUCUAAAACUACUUCUUUGCAAUUUCUUAUUUCUAGUUUAUCCCGUAGGCAAAAGAAAAAAAAAACUGAUUGCACUACCAUGCGUUACCAUGAUGUUUUUUAGACGACAGUUGUUUAUUUUUCCUUGCAGAAUAUGCGCUAUUUAGAUUUUGUGUUAUAGUUUACAAAAGCGCAAAUGUUACAAUUUAGUUUAAAAAGGUAAAAACUCACUAUCUUUACUGAAAUCUGUAAAUAGUACGUAACAAGUGUUCAAAAUCAAAGAAAUUCUUGUCUAUAAGAUUAUACCUUUCUUGAACGGUAAUACUUUUUAUGCUGUUAAAGCUUUAUACGUUAUUGUAACACGUGUGUGCGCGUGUUGAUGAUUAUAACUCUAGAAUGUAUAACUUGUCGGAGAGACAAAUGGCACACUUUGCUACACGCUUUGAGAAACUUUCGUGCGGGAGAGUGGGAAAAUAUUUGAUGCGUUCUGUACUUAUUGUUUACAGUAUUUCGCUAAUUUUCACAAAGUAUUGUAAAAGAAAAACGGAAUAUAGCCAUAGUUAAGAAUAAUUAAUGGGAAAGACGCUAGUGCUUUGGACCAAUUAAAGAUUUGACGAUAAUAAAGAGAUCAUCGUGUAAUACACGUAGAGUAAGAAAUCAGUGAUAUAAGACGCAAGUUUUGUAUUCGGCGAGAACAGCUCGAUUCGAGCUAUAUUACAUUUUUUGAACGUCUAGUCAAGAGAGACACAUCUGUCAGCUUAUUUUGCUAGUAGAGUAUAAUUUUAUGAUUUAGUCGCAAUUGUUACAGUUUCUACAUGUUAGACGUUGAAUAAUUUAUACUUGUGUGUUUCUUUGCUUCGAUAAAUAAUGCGCACAAGUUUCGCUAUGUUGUGUUCAAAUAUCAACAAGAUAUUGAGAGAGAGAGAGAGAGAGAGGGAGAGAGAGAGAGAGAGAGAGAGGGAGGGAGAGUGUGAAAUUUAAACAGAAAGAGACGUAAACCAUAUUUAUCAAUUUGAAUACUUGGAGAUAGAAAAGAAAAUUGGUUAUUUCAAAAAACGCGCGGACGACGAGUGUAACGAGAAACAAGAUAUGCGUUCUUCUCGCGUUGCGAUCGCGAAAUUCGUUCAUAUUCAUGACGCCUUAUCCAUGCAACUUUGAAAGAGUUCGAUCUUUGAUAAAUUAAUACAAUUCGACUGAUCUCAACUGAAUUGAACGAUAUGUUUAUACUAUAGCGUAUUUUUAUCACACGAAUGUUUCUUCUUCGCUCUCUGUAAAGAGAGACACGUUAGAAAACAUGUACAGAUACUACAUGGCAUUGUUGAGCUGUAGGAAGGAAUUGAAUAGAAGCAAGAUCUUCCCGAUGGAAGGAAAAUGAAGAUUAAAGGGAAGGACAUUUCCGUAAUGAUAGAUUAACGACGUGAUGUGAUAUAACAAUAAGCAUGGUGCGCGCAAAUACACUUUAGAAUAGCGUCGUCUGUUAUAAGAAAGUAUCGAUAGAUAAUAAUUGAUUGUUCCUGUAUGAUGUUGCAGCCAGACUUGAGGUUCACCUUGAGGUGAACUUAACUCGCCUAUUUUACGUGCUUUUAGCUUUCAUUAUGUCUAUUUUAGAGAUAUCCGUCUGUAGCGUCUGUCGAGAUGUCGGACUCGAUUUUGUCGAAAUUAAAAAAAAAUUACACAAUCUUCCCGCGGAACUCAAGACUGGGCUAUAAUCGUCUUUGCUGUAUGUACAUUCGGGGUGUAAAUAUUAUAUAUUAUACUCUAAUGUGUUAAAAACUUACAGUUGUGUGUAUACAUAUUAUAUAAAGAUUAUUCGAUAAUAAAGUAUAAUCGUUAAUAAUCAUUUAUAUCUGCAUCUGUGCCGCAAUAGUGGGGGUGGGAAGAAGAAGAAAUUUCCAGACAGUUGAAUCGUGACAAAUAAAACAAUUUAUAAUUCGUACGGCGUUCGUACGACACCAAAGUCUCACGAUAUCGAGGAAACAUGUGAUCUGGACAUGCGUAUGCAUAUCGUGCCGCACACGUUAUUUAGGUCUAAUCUCAUCAGGUUUCGACUUGAUGUGAGGUAGCACAGUCCUCGUAUAUCACGUUACAUCACGGAAUCUUAGUGUCCGCGCAAUUGUGCGUUUCGCGAUAUGGUGCGCGACGACGUCGUGGGUGCACUUGAAUUGCACAUAAAAGUCAAUGGACAAAAUCUAUCAGCGAUUCCGGAAAAAUGUAACACCAGCACGUUACGUUAACCAGCAACACAAUACGAAGAAUAUGUCUGAGAACAGGAAUACUUCACAUUGUGACAAUGGAAAUGGCGUUUCCAACUUGACGCGGAACAAAGAGAACAUUAACUCGAACUCGUCGACCCACAAGAUUUCUCUCGAUCAGGAUCAUUGUAGCAACUUGCAUACGAGGGAUAACGCGGACGACGUGAGAAGAGAAAACUCCUCGUAUAUUUUAAACAGCGCUGAAAAUUUGGGAAACACACAAAGGCGUAGAGGCGAUUCCAAAAGCAGCCGUACAUUGCAGCAUCGCUCACACUCGGCGUUAUUCGCAUUCGAGCGAAAAGUACCAAGUGAAAAAAUCGAAGCGACGAGAAUACCGUCGAAGAGCUGUUUGCGUUGCUCGUGCAUAAAGGCGAAAGUAUCGAGUGGUAAAAUGUUGCGAGAAGAUACAAAAGUUACAGGCGAGAGACGUCAGAAGAGGGACGACACGGACAAGACUAAAUUACGGUGCGAGACGAUAUGCUUUAAUUCAAAUCGAAGAACGACAAAUUUGUCGCGAAAAGCCAAGUCGUUCUUUCGGAAGAGAUCUCGUUUGGCGACUACAAACGACUCCGACUGCACUCUAAUGUUGCCCGGGCCUCGUCGCAUUAAGGAUAAACAAUAUCGAUACGAAAGAACCCGUUUGAAGGUGAGUCAAUUGUCACGUCGAAGAAACUGGAUAAAUGGUAUCAAUUCGAUACGAAUGAAAUCCAAUGCGUCGAAACGAAGUCGAAUCGAUCGGAGUCGUUUUUUGGCGAAUCUACAUCGAGCGGACGUACAUCGAUUCGAGCAGCCAUCGUCCAUUCCGUUGGAGACUCAGCAGCUAUUGAACAAAAGUUAUUGGGAGUAUUAUAGGAAACUCAAGCGUAGGAACGCGCUGACUGGGCCGGAUAUUGCGCGUGAAGAGGAUAAAUGUUCCAACGAGAUGCAAAGUCGCGCGAAUCUACCUGCAUCCCGAACGUUGCAACAAUGUUCCGUGCUCUCUUGCAUGAUCAAUAAGACGCUAGAUGUAUCUGGAAAGACGUUUCGAGAUUCAAUGGCUUCCAUUGAAAGAUCCUCGUUUCCGGAUCCGAUUGCGAACGAAUCGGCAACGCGCGAAAAUAUUUGUGAAACGUUUGGCUUAUCGUCGACGCAUGUGAAGAAGAUGAAACGGAAGGAUAUUGGUCAUGCGAGCAAACGAUUUGUCAAUUUCAAAGCUAUAGCACUUCUUGUUAUUAUGGUGUACGUUGCGAUCGUGUUUCUGCCCAUAAUGUACGACUACUUGAUACUUGACGAGGAACAUGACGAUUACGAGGAUGUGAGUUACAUCGCAUUGACCAUCGAAUAUAUCGCGUCGUCGUUCGAGGAAGCUUUCGAUGAAGUCGUCAAUGUUCUCAAUACCAUUUUCCCGCGCCUAGUGAGCUUCAAUCGAGAGCUGUAACUUCUGGCUCGCUUGUGAAUUUGCUAAAUUAUAAAUCAUAUUCUGCAUCGUUCAUGAAUAUCCUCGUAUUACAAUCGUAGAAAUUACGUUAAAUGUUCCGCAGCUCUGUGUGAUUUUCAGCGUUGGUGUGGGAUAUGUAACGUCGUUGCUUGAAUCUACAUCAGCGACGCGAUGUAUUUGAUAUAUUUUGUAUUGUGUUGGGUCGUCGCGUGUUUCGUAAAAGCCGAUUUAACACCGAUUACAUACACGUACACAUACACAUUCUUUUAUAUAUAUAUAUAUAUAUAUAUAUAUAUAUCCUGACCUUUGUGUGAUUUACGUAUCUUCUCUACAUUGAGUUCUUUAUACCUUCUAUUUACGCAAUGGCCCUUCUUACACAAGUAGGUGCCGUAUAUACGUUUAUAUGUUGUGAUUUAAACUUUAAAUAAUCGUCAUCAACUUCCGACACAUUGUAUAAUUUUAUAAAU